UUCACCGGAUUUGUGGCAUCAUGGCACUGCUAGAAAGCAGCUUCAGCUUUAAGCCACUGGCGCCGGAAUAAUGCAAGUUUGAUGUCAUAAAGAACUUGGGCUGCCGCGGCUGGUAGCAGCUUGCACACACGUGAUUAUUGCAAGCAGACUCAUGACCCGGACGUUGGCGUCCGGCGGCACUCGGGGCGUCAGCUGUCGGGCUGCGCUGGCGCUGGUGCUGCUCAGCGGCCUGCUCGGCUCCAGCGUAGCUUCUAGCAGCAAGAAGAAGCGCACGGGCCAGCCUGGGCUGGCUCCCGCAACCCGGGUGGUCCCUGUGGAGGAGCUCCUCGAAUACGGCAGGGUUGAGGGCAGCAGCAGUAGCAGCAGCAGCCGGGAAAGUGGACCAGGUGGCGAGCAACCCCCAAAGCCAGGGGAGCUGUACGGCCUGACAGAUGACGACUUUGUGUACGCAACGGGCACAUGCCGCGAGCGCAUGCUCCUGGCCAAGUCCACGAGGGCGUGGCGGAGAGGCCUGCGCGGCUUCUUCCUCACGGACGUAAACGACACCUCCAAGCUCGCCGCGCUGAACGCCGAGGGCGCCGACGGCUACGGCGAGGCGUACGCCUACUUUCCCAACGAUGGGGACCCAGGGCUGGGGGGCCGCCGCCACGGCCGCAUGGGCGGCGACACGCGCGCCGCCGUCGCGCCUUUUGCCGCGUACAGACACUACGGUGACACAUUCAAGUGGAUGCUGUACGGAGACGAUGACACGCUGUUCUACCUGGACGCGCUGAAGCACAUGUUGUCAGAACACGACCCGCAACUGCCGCUGGCGUUCAGCGACAACCUCUGGUACGACGGGCGGCACCCCAACCCGCAUGCGCCGCGCUGCUUGCCGUGCGCCAUGGCCAGUGAGCAGCUGCCGACCCUGGCUGAGGUGCUCAGCACACCUCACAUGCAGACGCUGAUCCUCAAGGGCUACCACCCUAGCAUUAGUGCCGAGACGGCAAUGGAGAUCGCCCGAAACGCCACACCGAGCCCCGGUCGAAAAUUUGUGCCGCGCCCGGCGUGCCCCUACUGCACGCCCAAAGACGCGUGCCCCGAGGUGCCCGACCCCCGGCGGCCCUGCAAGCCCUCUGGCGCUCACGGCGGCGCGGGCAUGGUUUUCAGUGUGGGGUUGUUCAAACACGUGGCCUUCCCGGACUUCAUCAACUGCGUCACCAGCAUGGAAGAGGCGCCUGGGGGAGAUUACCUGGUGUCUUACUGCCUGUGGCAGGCCGGCAUCGCCUUCACCGACCCGGGGCCGCUCGUGCGGGCGCGCUACGACCCGCGGUUCUACGUGUUCAGCGGCAAUGCCGUGAUGGGCUACCUUUUUGACCCGAUCGGCAUGCUCACACACGGCCGCUGCGAUGCGCUGUGUAGAUGGGGAAUGCGCAACAGUUUGUCGCUGCACGUGAAGGGCCGGCACUAUCGCACCUUCCGGAUCAGCAGCAUGCACAUGUGGGGAGUGGCCUACGCCGCACAGGCUGCACUCGAGUGGCUAAAGCUGACGUCGGCGCCAGACGAUGCCAAUGGUGGGACCGCUGCGAAGCGGCCUUACGGAAUGAUAGAUUUGAUCAGCGAUCAAGGCGCUCCAUCGAGUGGCAAGGCAGCGGGAGAGGGAAGUGGUGGGAAUAGGGAUGAGGAUAGCGGUGAGGUGAGCGACGGAAAGGAGCGCAAGCACGCGAGCCGAGCGCAACGGCGCCGGCGGCGCCAACUGCAACCGACUUGAGUGGGACUUGACGACGUGCCGGGGAGCGGGCGCAUAGAAAGGGAACAGGCGGCGGAGUUGGAGGUGGAGGAGGUGGAUGUCCGGACACUAGGACAGGAAGUGGUCACAGAUUCAGCGCACCUGUGAGAGUGAUGGACCAUACGACGUGGGCGGAGGGGGACAGCAGGCGUGAUGUGCAGCAAUUAUCCGGCCCCUGAGAGCGCUCAGUCCCCAUGCGUAGCGCGCGGCGGGGCCCAUAUGGAGCGAGCCUGGUGAUGACAUGAGCGUACGGGCUGUUGGGUUGCAACGUACAGGUGGUGAUGAGGCAGACUGCGCGAGCGUUUCGCAGCAGGGCCGGAUGUCUGGGAUCAGUGCUUAUGCUGGUGCCUGUCGAUGUGUGCGUGAAGGCGAGCGCUGCUGUAUCAGGUUGGCUGCACGGCGAACGGCGGGGCCCGGGCAGUCCCCACUGGUCAACAGGCCAAGCC